AUGGGAAGAGGCAAAGUCCUGAACGAGCACGAAAAGGGGCUUAUCGCUGGUCUUUCUCAAGGCGGUAGAACCAUUCGAGACAUCGCUGCUCGUGUGCAGCGCUCCAAGAACGUAGUUUCUAACUUCCUGCGCGCGCCGUUGGAAUUUGGGAGAAAAAAAUCGCCAGGAAGACCGCAAAAGCUAUCCCCUACCGACAAGAGAAGGUUACUUCGGGCUGCUUCAAAUGAAACAAAAGGCUCUAACACGCUUCGUCAGGAGCUGGGACUCUCUGUUGCCUCACGGUCAAUCUACCGCACGCUGCACAACGACCCGAACUUCCAAUUCAAGAAGAUGGUGUCGGCUCCAAUGAUGCUGCCCCGUCAUCUUGUCGCUCGUGAAAAUUUUGCGAGCGAGAAGCUGACAUGGUGUCCUGCAGAUUGGUAUAAAGUCAUCUGGUCCGACGAGAAAAAGUUCAAUCUCGACGGACCAGAUGGCUUGGCCUUCUAUUGGCACGACUUGAGGAAGGACAAGCGCAUAUUCUCGAGAAGGCAAGGAGGUGGGAAUUCGGUCAUGUUUUGGGGGGCUUUUUGUGGGACGAAGAAAUGCGAAUUGGUGUUGCUCGAAGGAAAUAAGAACGCAGAGGACUACAUACAGACAUUAGAAAGUUAUUUGCUACCGUUUAUUGAUCAGGAGCUGGACGCAGGAUGGAUAUACAUGCAUGACGGAGCUUCUAUUCACAGGGCACAUCGGGUCAGGCAGUUUUUUGAGGAGGAAGAGGUGCCAGUUAUGGACUGGCCGGCAAAGUCCCCGGACUUAAAUCCUAUAGAGAAUCUCUGGGGUCUGUUGGCACGUGCUGUAUACGUUGGUUGUCGUCAAUUUAACAACGUCGAAGAGCUUAAAGAGGCCGUUUGGGAAGCCUGGGAUAACAUCACAACGGACACACUGAAAUCCCUUUUGGGGUCCAUGCAACGACGCUGCAGGGACUGUUACCUUGCCAAGGGAGGUGCUACGAAGUACUGA